AAACAAACACUUUUGUCAAAUAUUUUUGUGUCAAAUAUUUGUCUGAGCCAAAAGUUUUUUUUAAGGAAAAAUAAUAUUCCAAUGAACAUUUUAAGUUGAGAAAAUGGGUAUAAUACAUUUACCUUACUACAUUAUAAAAAACAAAAGACGCACGAAAUUAAAUAAGUUAGCAGAUUGAAGAAUAGGCGCCAAAAUAAUGUGAUUUUGCGGGGGAAAGUGAAGCUUGUGUUAGGCUAAAUUUAUGUUGCUUGAAAAAUUGUUUGUUGUGUUCUGUACGUGUUCUUAUUUAGCGUGUUUUUAUUCGUUGAACAAGAAUAAUUUUGUUUUUGUUUAGUGUUAAGAUUUAGGGAAUGUUAAGGCGACCCUCGGAAAUAUGGGUCCACAGUUGAUGUUAACCACAAAUGACUGCAUGCAGGAGUCACGCCUGCAUGAAAAUAAGUACGUGAGUAAGGGUAUUGACGGUUGCACAUUUUAUGGAGGCAAGAAUUCUAGAAUUAAAAGACAUUGCGACCAGUUCCAGUUGUUAUUUGAACAAAAAAGUGAAAGUGAGUUGUUUCCAUCGCCGAAACGCUGCCGAGCGGAUGACUCUCCCACGAAGAGCAAGGAGAAGAGCGGGAAGCGGCCGCAGACGAGGAGUGGCGUCAGGACUUCGCUGCUGUCGAUCCUAGAGAAGGAGGAUGAGCGGACGCCGGCGUGCCGGACCUGGAAGGGGAAGACGGCCUGGGGGCGGAGCCACGACGAGAACGCCCGAGCCGGGUGCAAGGUGCGCACCCCGCCGAGGUCGGACCCGAGCGGACGGCAGUUCGGCAGGGUCCUGCCCAAGAUGUACGGGAGCGCGCGCCAGUGCCUGGACUUCCGUGGCCCGCGCGAGGAGAGCCUCCCGAGCGCCGGCGCGACGAGCACGGACUUCGCGGAUGACGCGGACGACAAGGAGAACCUGAGCUCGGAGGCCCGGCACGCCGCGAACGGCCUCCGGCUCAACAUAGAUGACAUCAUCGAGUCCCUCGGAGACAUCGAGUGCACUCCGGUGAAGCAGGCCUGCAGUUCCGGGAGCACGCUGUUGCCAGACGAAGCAGGGGAGGCGGGCACGUCUGUCAUCAAGCCGACUCGCUGCACGGAGACACUGGCCAGGAAGGAAGCUGCCUGUCCCAACAAGGAGUCCAGCCAAAUAGGGUUCCCCAACCCGGCGGGCAGCAACAAGUGCUGGAUGAACGCCAGCCUGCAGGCCGUGCUGGGGCUGGAACCGCUGGUGCGCGCCAUGCUGAGCACGCAGCUGCAGCUGGAGGCGUGCCUGACGGGCGUGGGCCCCGUGCGCGUCCUGGGGGCGUUCCUGCUGCUGGCGCGCGCCCACCGCAGUCGCCGGCUGCCCGUCGUCAGGUGGUCCCUGCUGCGGCUGUCCCGCACCCUGGGCUUCCUGGACGAGCUGUUCCUGGGCAAGUGCCAGCAGGACGCUGCGGAGUUCGUGGUGCGCCUGCUGGACUGCUUCCGCGACGAGUUCGACAAGGCGGCCGCCGCGGAGAGGCAGGGCGCGCUGGACAACAUGACCUUGGAGCAGUUGGCCGCCGGCGGGGACUGCGACGAGUCCGGGGGGGCCAACCCCAUCACCGACAACGUGGUCUUCACCCUCACCGAGACCUCCACGUGCACCAGGUGCGGGGAGAGCACGGUCAAGAGGCAGGAACACAUGGUGCUGUUCGUGGACAUACCGCGCUCGCAGCACGGCAGCCCGAGCCUCCAGGACGCUGUUGCCCGCUACAUGGGAGCAGACACCCGGGAGCUGACUUGUGACAAGUGCGGCCACUCGGAGCGGCGUGUCCUGACCACCGUGCACCGCCCGCCCAGGUGCCUGAUCGUGCAGGUGAAGCGCUACACCGUGCACAACCUGCGGGCCGAGAAGCUGGCGGACGCGCUGGCCAUCCCGCUGGACUUCUCGCUGAAGGAGCACGUGGACAGCGACGCAGUGCCGCCGACGCUGCAGCCUGUCGCGCCUCUUGCCGGCUCUCAGGAGGCAGAGUCAAUGAUUCAGUGUGAAGUCCCUGCAGAAUUUGAAUCAGAUUGUGAUGAAGAAGACAAGGACUUGCAGGAGGCAGUUCGCCAGAGUCUUCUCUCGCACGAGGAACGUGAGCAGGAGGAGCUACAGGGACGGGACGAGAGUGUCAAUCCCAUCUCUGACCAGCAGUUGCAGGCUGUUGAUCUGCAGUGGGACAACGAUGUGUUUGGCGUAGAGGGAAGCAGCUCUCCGUCGAAGCCUGGGGCCUCUGACCCGGGUCCUGACUUUGGCUACCGAUUGGUCGGUGCUGUCUCUCACUAUGGAGCCUCUCCAAACUCUGGGCACUACGUGGCGGACGUGUACAGCCUGCAGCAGCGCAGGUGGUACCACUACGACGACGAGACGGUGCACGAGACGAACGCUCAGGAGGUCACGGGACACAGCCUGCAGCAUAACGGAUACAUAUUCUUCUACAUGUACAGACCCCUGUUUGAGCAGUUGUCGGCAGAAAGUUCAGACUCACCGCCUCAAACUGAAGACCACAGCUAGUGUUGAACGUUCCAACGCAUCUGCAUAAAGAACUUCUGAUUGUGUAGAUUAUUGCACACAGGUGGACGUCAUGUCUGCAGAUACUUAGUUGAAACUACAGAAUUAGAUGCUUGUAAAUAUUUUUCAAUAGCACCCUUUUUGUUUGUACCGUGUACAUAUAUUCCACGAACUUUGUAAAAUAGUGAUUAGUUGAUAUCUUGUGCAUUACGUUUGAAAGAAGGGCAUCUGUCGGAACUGCGCUCGCGCACGCAAUAUGGUCAGAUGUAGUUGAGCUGUUACGUGGGACACAGACCAGCACUGGUACUUGGUGGAUUGGUCGUGUUUACGCGUGGAUGAAACCGUUACCAAGCUUUCAAAUGUCUUGCACAGUGUAAUGUAUAAGUGUAGAAUAGAUUUUUACUUUUGGAUAUUUGGUUUUAUUUUAUAGUCAUAUUAAUUAUUUUAAUUAGUAAUUAACUACAAGAAAUGUGGUUUUAAUUUGUUUGUGAAAUUAAACAUAUAAUUGUUGCUCAGCACUGCCAUUUCAGAGAUAAACGAGAAGUUAUAUAAUUAAAUAAACAGAACCGUACUGUGUCUGCUUUAUCAUUUUACUAUGUAUUUCAUCUGCGUACUGAAACUUUGGUCCAAAGAUAAUUGCGUUGCAUCUCAUGGUUUGGCCCACACACACGAAGGACGCGAGACAUCCUGGCUGACCGCUAGCGGCAAUGCCCAUAGGCAGUUGUGGGUCGAGGCCUUGUCUGCUGACCUGAACUACUUGACGGGCUUGACGGGUGUUGUAUGCAGGAGCGUAUUCAGAAUUUAAACGUCACAAAAUUUGGUUGAUUUAUCUUCCUUUAAUAAAUUCUCAGGCUCUUUACUGUAAGCUAGGCUUGUGCGAAUAAUUGUGAUUGGAUGGUGAGGCCAUGUUCCUGCCACUCCCUUCAGCUGGUACGCAAUUGCGUGUAGCCUCGUCAGUCAUUGUUAGAAACAAGUUUUAAUGGUUUUGUUUUUAGGCCUACUUACCUUUGAGAACAGAAGAUUUUGAUAUUUUCAUUAUUUAUGAAUUAUGUUUAUUCUAAUGAUAGCAUAUUACUGAACCCAUGUAACAAAUAAAUGUUUAAUGACCACCAAAGCAGUAUUGUUUUGAAUGAUUAAUGGUGCAUACAGAACAAUAAAAAAAAUCUGCAAGUACUUGUUUAAAAAAUAUACCACCGUAAUAAU